AAGCGAUAGAGCAGAUGCCAUCCGCACAUUUGACUGCUCUUAGGCGACUGUAUUUUUUCAAUUCUAGUUCGAUAGAGGUGUAUCUGGUUGAACGAAAAAGUCUAGUUGGAACGGAUCCGUUGUUGCUCGCAGGAAAGGAUUGCUGUAGUAUCACACGACGCAAACAUGAUGGCUAUGCAAAGCACCCGUUUGGCCCGUUACAUGAGGCCGGCCAUCCGUUUAGUUCAGUCCCGUGGCUAUGCGGAAGAAAUGUCCUUCACUUUAGCAGCAGCUAACAAGGUGUUCUACGACAGUGCCAACAUCCGGCAAGUGGAUGUGCCUUCUUUCAGUGGAGCGUUCGGCAUCCUCCCGAAGCAUGUUCCAACCCUUGCUGUGCUGAAGCCGGGCGUUGUCACGGUGUAUGAGAACGAUGGUGCACAGAAGAAGAUUUUCGUAUCGAGCGGUACCGUCACUGUCAAUGAGGACGCUUCCGUGCAAGUAUUGGCGGAAGAAGCACACCCAAUCGAAGAUCUGGAUGCGUCUGCUUGCCGAGAAAUUCUUACCAACGCUCAGAGUCAACUAUCAUCCGCCUCAGGAGAUAAGGAUCGUGCCGAAGCUGCAAUUGCCGUCGAGGUAGCUGAGGCUUUGCUCAAGGCUGCGGAAUAAGCUUUCCAACUCUCCAAUAUUGUAUAGAAACUGAACUUUUAACAGAUUCAAUUAAUAAAGAAAACGCACGUAAUUUGAGCCCUAUA